ACCGAGAUCCCUCCCCCAUCCAGGCUACCUCUCGGGGUUUAAUUACACACUCUCACUCACAAUGCCUGGAAGUGACGCUCUUCGCGCACUCAAGUUGCUCUCUCGCAGCUCAGGGAGUCUCCUCUCGGGCGCUGAGACGACCACGCAACGAUGCCUGACGAAGUCUUUCUCCCGCUCGAUGGCCACCGAGGCCCAGUCCCCCGUUGACAACCUGACGAGGGAGGUUCCCAAGCCCGUGUGGAAUCCCGAACCCGUCAAGGCGACCCUCUACUCAUUCCCCUCGAUGGAGCCCCUGCGCUUCGUUGAGUAUCCUCGCAACCACCUCCUGAUGCCGCUACGCAAAGACAUCCUGCACCGAGCCGUUGUCUACGAGGGUGACAUGACCCGACAAGGUACCGCAAGCACCAAGUGGAGAGAUGAUGUGCACGGAAGUGGUAGGAAGUUGCAUGCGCAGAAGGGUACUGGCCGGGCCCGUGUUGGCGACAAGAAAUCCCCGAUCCGGAGAGGUGGAGGUGUUGCUUUUGGUCCUCACCCCCGCGACUUCUCUACGGAGCUCCCUCAGAAGAUCUACGACCAGGCGUGGCGGAUAGCCCUCAGUUACCGCUACAAGCGUGGCCAAUUGAUCAUUGUCGACAACGAAAUCGGCCUUCCGGAGGGCGCCACUCCCCAUAUCGUUGAGGAGAUUUUCAAGGUCAACUGCUGGGGCCGGCACUAUGGACGGUCAACGUUGAUUACGGACCAGCCGAACGAGGAGCUGUUCGAGACCGUGCGUCAAGUGGGUGAACAUGCGAAGAUCCUGGACCGCCGUGACGUGGAUGUGAAGGACCUGUUGGAGACUGGACGCUUGAUUAUUGAGAAGCAAGCGCUGGACCGCAUUCUGUCUCAGCAUUCCAAGGAUCUGAAGAACAAGCCGGCCAAGGCUUUGUACUAAAUUUCUUUUACCUGGCGAUGGGGUCUUUUACUGGUUAGCUUCGUUUUGUGUUUUAUUCUGUACAAAUAGAUUCGAAAUAUGUAUGAUGGCAUUACGGAUUUUCAAGGAUGAAAGUCACGGCAUUCUUAGCAGAAACCUACGAUAAGCUGCCCGGUAAUUGGUAGAAGGAGACCGAUGUAAG